AAUGGAUCAUGUAUCCCGGCCCCCUUUCCAACGAUCACUUCUUCGUUUUCUAUCUUACCUCACUAAUCCAUCUUCUUCCCGUUCCUCCCUCCCUCCCUCCCACCACAACCCUUAUUCCUCCCGCCAAUCCGUCGCUACAAUGACUGAUAUUCUCCUCACAUGCCCAGAAAAUUUGAUGGAGGUAAGGCAGAGGAUUACCGACUUGUUGAAGAUGCUUUCUACUUACCCUAGCGAGAAUCUGGAAGGCGUGAAUGACGAGGGGUUGACGUGGAGCAUGCUUAUCGAGAUUGCGGCGAUUCAAAUCGAUAGCAAGAUAUCAUCCUUCGAAGGCAACAAAAACGAGAUCUAUCGCGGGGCGCGCUUAUUGACCGACGUAAGCUGGAGCUUGAGAUAGAACUACCGAUGCCCUCCGUCGAAUUCCAUCUCGAGAAGACCGAUGACCGGCUUCCCGUAUUGACCGACAGUGUGAGGAGAAGGAUUGAAGAGAUGCCGAAGCUGGAGGCAGAGGAGGACGGGGAGAGUGAUGACGGCCAGUUUCUCGAGGUCAGCAUGGCCUCUAUGAUCUCCUGCUUCCUGAAGAUACGCGAAACACUGAUCUCCAUCCAGGAAACUGCUACAGCCUGCGGGAAGACGAACAAACUGAAAGACUUGGCGGAGUCCUACAAUGACCAAGUAGUUGCCUUCGAAACCAGCAAGGGCAGAAUCGCCCAAGCGCUGCACGACAUCAGCGACGCCUUGAUCAAAGAGAUCGAGCCCCACCGGCAGCAUGUGGAGCUGGUGCACUUACAGCUCAACACCCCUUCCAAAGAGAUCUCUUAUGACCUCCCCCAUGUUAUCCGUGUAGUACGACCUCGAGCUGCCCGUUCUGUGAGCAAACGAGCCCGAUCUGUGAGCAAACGGUCUGAUUGAAUGAUGAUCCUGUGGCAGCAAUGCAACUGCUACUUGAUGGAUGCUGGCUUACUGAAGUGGACGCAAAAUAAUGUUGUCGUUUUCGUUUUCUUAAAGACUCUCUGUAUUUGGUGCCUAUGUUCUGGAAGUGGAGAUUGACAUUUGUUUUUGUGGUUCGAUGGUGCAACAUUUAGUUGCCAACUGAUUGACAUCUGCAUAUCUUCUGAACCAAUAAUCGAAUUUUCAUCUAUACGAUAUUCAACUUGAUUUGGUUGCAAACUGAAACAAAGUGUUUUGUCUUUAAACUAAGCAACAGCAGAAACAAACUGACCAAAACAUUGGACCCGAAUUGAAUCAACAGACCAAGGGUCGAACUAACAAGGGCAGCCUGAAGAUUCUACACUUCUUGAUGUCCAGAGAAGAGAUCGGACGAGGAAUAAGGCGGUCACCUGGAACAGCAGGAUGCAAAGCCACCAGAUUUCUUUGAUCCGUCGUUUCCAUCGUUGGAUAUGGUGACCCUGUUUAAGGACAAUUCGGCCUUGUAUGCAUCUGAGUUCAGGACCUUCCUGCUCACAUUGUUGUAGAUCUCUCGGAUCACGAUCUCGAAGGCCUUUUUAACGUUGGUCGAAUCGAGUGCAGAUGUCUCCAUGAAGAAUAGGCCUUCUUCUUCUGCGAGGGUCUUGCCAUCUUCAAUGCUCACAUCUCUAAUGUUGUCCAAGUCACAUUUAUUGCCCACAAGCAUUUUGGCCACCGUGGUAUCAGAAUGCAUUUUGAGCUCGUCCAGCCAGCGUCCGACGCUCUCGAAGGUGGUCUUGCGGCUGAUGUCGUAGACGACGAGCGCGCCGACGGCGCCCCUGUAGUAAGCAGAGGUGACGGCGCGGAACCUCUCCUGGCCGGCGGUGUCCCAAAUCUGGGCCUUGACCUCCUUGCCGUCGAUUUCCAUGCUCUGGGUCUGGAAUUCGACGCCAAUGGUGGCCUUGGAGUGGAGGUUGAACUCGUUCCGCGCGUAGCGGGACAAGAGGUUGGACUUCCCGACGGCAGAGUCGCCGAUUAUGACGAUCUUGAACAGGUACUCCUCGCCUCCCUCCUCGUCCGACGACGACAUGCCUUCUCUCGCUUCGGUGGUUGUUUUCUGGUGGACGGCGGCGGAGAGAGAAUGGG